AAUUGAUCGCCCUUAUUUCUGAAGGAUUCAACAGUAAGUUAUGAAGAUUGCUAUAGCAACUCAUUAUGAAGUUCCUGAAAUUUGUGACUUAGAUAUUCAAAAGGACGAUCUAUUAGCCGAAUAUCUACGAUCAAAGGGUUAUGAAGUUGACGGAAAGGUUUGGAAUUCGAACACUUGUUGGGAAGAAUAUUGCGCUGUUAUAGUUAGAACAACUUGGGACUAUUUUGUACAACCUAAAGAAUUUAAAGAAUGGUUGACAAAGCUAAAUUCGUUGAAUAUCAAAUUGUUUAAUCCCUAUCAAAUUUUGUUAUGGAAUAUGGAGAAGACCUAUUUGGAUGAUCUAAUUAGAAAUGGUAUUCCUAUAGUGCCGACAAUUUUUUUUCGUAAUCUCAAAGAUGCUACGGAGGAGGCUUUGUUAAAAACUGGUUGGAAGAAGAUGAUAUUUAAACCCAUCCUUGGCGGUUCUUCACACAACGUUGAAAAAUUCGACCUUGAGGAAGGCGUUGAAAGAGGCCUAAAGAUAUGUGAAAAGAUCCUGCAGUCUUGUUCGAUGAUGAUACAACCCUUCGUUGAAAAUUUACAAGACCAAGGAGAGACGUCUUUGAUCUAUUUUGAUAAGGUAUACUCCCAUUCAGUUAGAAAGACUCCUCUAGAAGAUUUUCGAUUGUUCGAUAUGACCAAUAUUAAAAUUGAGAGAAUUACUCCACCUGAUGAAUUUAGACUAUUGGGAGAUCGCAUAGUAAAUUGGGUAAGAGGAGAUUUACCAUAUGCUAGAAUAGAUCUGGUAGUUUACGAAGGAAAAGCGGUCGUUAUGGAAUUGGAACUUCUAGAGCCAACACUCUUUCUUGAUAAAAGUUCAGCUGCAAAGUUCGGCGAGGCUGUAUUGAAACAGCUGCAGUAG